UUCUACCGUGAGGACUAAAUUGUAGUAUUUACCUCCUUUUAUAGCGUUAAAAUCGUAAAUUUGAUGUAAUUCUUAAUGAUUAAAUCGAAAAGCAUCGUUACAAAACUUCGCCGGGAGUGACUGGGUCGUCGCGGGUUCUCUUCCCAUUUGAUAAACGAUGACCAGCCCAAAUCCGCGUUGCAUCAAUCUCAUCAUCUGCAGUGUCAGCCCUACUUCGUCAGAUAAAUACUAACUCAGUUAAUUGCCUUGGCGUUUAUGGUUCGGUUUGCUACGUGUUUCUUUUUUAUUUCAACAAACUGAAAGAAAGUAAUGAACAGCAGCAGUAACGACAGUGGUUCUUCGUUCUGGAAAAACAACUCCGGCCGAAUACCAGGAAGACCUACGAUGGCUACCAGAAUGGCACCCGGAGGGGGAGUACGCAGUGGACCUAGUGGUUCCACUUCUGGAACAACCGGUCACAGCUCGUUCCAGGACUAUCAAGAGUCGGUGAGUGAUGCUUGGGAUUUGGGCGACGAUGAGUUCUGCAUCAUCUCCACAGUCGUGGACACACCCCGGAUAUCGAAGAAGGUUUCUCAGUCGGCAGCGCUAAAUGUCAUCAAGACUCAUAGGAGUAGCGGUGGAGGUGGUGCUGGUGAGAAAGGCCGAUCAGGCGAGGUUAUUGUACCUAGAAUUGCUCCUGCGGUGGAAUGUUUAGCGAAGUCUCAGACCAGCAGUACGACGGCAGCUGUAGCGGAAAAUCUCGAUGGUCUGAAAAUAUCACGAAAUGUACACGCAAAUGACGAACGAAAUGUUCUGCAACAGCAAGUGAAACACUCUGCGCUUAAUAAUAUGAAUGAUCAUCGUCUACGACAAAGGUUUCAUGCUUAUCCAGGCCGUCCGCAGUUGCUAAAACUUUCGUCCAAUGUAGCUUCAAAGGAUGUAGAGUGUGAAUCUAAAUACGAGAAAUUUACCAAUAUUUUGGACGCCCCACUGUUAAAUUUGAUAGCCCUGAAGGAGCUCAGCUGGUCUGGCGUACCGCGAAAAAUGCGUGCGGUCACCUGGCGUUUGCUGUCCGGUUAUUUACCAACGAGCUUAGAGCGCCGUAACACUGUCUUGGAGCGGAAACGGGUGGACUACAAAAAAUUAGUUCAACAGUACUUUCACGUGGAUAAUCGGGACGAAAUUCAGCAGGAUACCUACCGACAGAUUCACAUAGAUGUUCCUAGAAUGAACCCACACGUGGCACUUUUCCAGCAGAAACUGGUUCAAGAGAUGUUUGAAAGAAUUCUUUUCAUCUGGGCUAUUCGGCAUCCAGCGUCCGGCUACGUGCAGGGGAUCAACGAUCUGGUGACACCUUUUUUCAUAGUUUUUCUCCAGGAAUCGGUGGGAGCGAAUAAAGAUCUGGAGCAGUGCCAAUUGGGAGAUCUCUCUCAGGAACAGCGGGAUAUUAUUGAAGCGGAUUCCUUCUGGUGUUUAUCCAAGUUUUUGGACUGCAUACAAGAUAAUUAUAUUUUUGCCCAGCUAGGUAUACAGGAAAAGGUUAACCAGCUGAAAGAACUCAUCCAACGGAUUGACGGAACGCUCCACAGGCAUCUGCAGACGCACGGAGUGGAUUAUUUACAGUUUUCCUUCCGUUGGAUGAACAAUCUGCUAACCCGCGAACUGCCACUAUAUUGUACGAUUCGUCUGUGGGAUACCUAUUUGGCGGAGUCUGACGGUUUUGCCGUAUUCCAGCUGUACGUGUGUGCCGCCUUUUUAUUGCACUGGCGAGAACAGCUGCUACAGGAGAAAGAUUUUCAGGGUCUUAUGCUGCUGCUUCAGAAUCUGCCUACCCACAGUUGGAUGGAUUCACACAUUGGCGUGCUAGUAGCGGAAGCGUUCCGCCUUAAAUUUACCUACGCCGACACCCCGAAACACUUGGAGGGUAAAAGUUGACAGCUUCACAGCGAACAUAACUACAACUACUGUAAAAAUUAUCUCUAUAAGUUUAUCUAACUUCGAUUGGGACACGGAACUGCGGCCAAAUAUGGUGGCAAUGUAACUGCAGUGUGGGGCGUUUUGUUCAUUGCAACAACAGAUUUUAUAUGCAGGUUGCAGUUGCGAAUCAACAUUUUAGACCAACGUUAUUACCUAAAGAUACGAGAUCGGUUGGUUUUUUUGCGAACUAUUGAUUUGUUAAAACAAACUUUUGUACAUAUAGCAAAUCCUAAAACUUCCACGAGAAGAAAAACAACUAUAUACAAUAUUAUCAAGUAGUAUAGGAUAGAGUGGAAUAUAACUAUGUCUUUAAAUUUUCCUAAUCAAAGGUGGCACCUGGUAUGUGCAGAGCUAGUAAGUUGACUGGAAAGUGCCGUGAACUCGUGGAAUUUGUAAGUUUUGGUAACGAAAAUUCAUCUCCACAGACUGCUUCAAACUUGUGAAGGAAGCGUCUAUUUUAUGAAUGUCGAAUACCGAUGACAUUUCGUGCCACUGAAUAAAGAUGGUUAUUUCACGUAAAGCGAGGUACCGCUGCAGGACUGCCACACGUGGGUAGAGGCAAGUAACAACUUCCUUCAACCAAAAAGUUAGAUCCAUAUAAGUUUCGAAUAUAUAUCGAUUAAAAGGCAAUCGAAUACUUUCAGCAAUGAAGGCUAAUAUUGAUCAGAAAUUAUUGCGGACUUUUAGGCAAUGUAACUUUUUUUUUAUUGAGAAAACUCUAACGAUAAUCAUAGGUGAUUUUCUAGAUACAGAAUUUGCUGCAGUGGUCAGAAAAUACAAACUAAAAAACUGAAAUAUGGACAACAGCUUCGACAUUUAGGGUUAUAUUAGAAUCGACUAGUUUAAGCAAGUAUAAUGAAAUACCAAUUACAGAAUUAAAAAACGA